UUGAAUACGUUCAUGGUUGAUUGGGAAUUGGACUGAUGCUUUGUCUUUUGAUAGCCUGGGGCCAGGGGUCAAGUGCUGUUUUCAAAUGUAAAUGAAGUGAGUGUAUAAAUGACGAAUUCCUGCACUAGCUCCUCAUAUUGAUCUGAGCCACUUCAGUAACAGCAUCUACUAGAGACACAAUAUGGUGACUACUUCAGUACCUCGUGAGCACCUACAGACUGGCAACAUUAGAAAGGUUAGUUUGUUAAAGAUGCCUAUCCAUACUUAGAGACCGUUCCCUAAAAUAAAUAUAUUUAUAAAAUAUACUCAAAUCUUUUUUUGUUUUUGUUUUUUUCUUUAGGUUUCAAAGCCUUUGAUGGAAAAGAAGAGACGAGCUAGAAUUAAUGUCUCUUUAGAGCAGCUGAAAACCCUACUGGAAAAUAACUAUUCUCAGAAUAUUGGAAAACGUAAGCUGGAGAAAGCAGACAUUUUGGAGUUGACUGUCAAAUACAUGAAAACUCUACAGGAUUCAAUACAAGGUGCUACUUUGCUCAGAAGUGCUGAAUACCAAGCUGGAUUCCGAAACUGCCUGAAUGGAGUGAGCCAGUUUCUAUUGAGGUCAGAGGAGUGCAGCACAAACGUGGUGAUUCAGGACCUGACAAAAGCACUACCAGCCAUAAGCGCUUCAUGUUUCAGCACCAAGGACAGCAGCUUCUGCACUGACAAUGCUAAUUAUGAGCACUCACUUUCAAACGCAAAGACCAGGAGUCCAAACAGCAUUGCUCAGGUCACCAAAUUCACUCCAGUGUCCCAUGAAUCACUUGAUAUCCAUUCUAGAAACGAACUCUCUACGCAGUUAUCAACAAACCAUAGACAAAAUCUGCUGAGAUCUAACAACAAUCAGAAUCUGUGGAGACCAUGGUGAAUUAAUUAAAAAAAUAAAAGACUUUAAA